AUGCAGAUCCUGAGAGUCUCAACCUGCCCAACUUCCACGUUUUUGAGAAAAGACGCCUCAAAGUCAAAGGAAACCCUCAAAAUCCAUAAAAAUAAGUUAUUUUGAGGAAGAAGACCGUAUUUCUAGAAAGUUGUGCAAGUUGAGACUUCCAGGAUCUGCAUCUGGUACAUCAAGAAAUGUUCUGGCCAUUUUUCAGGAAAAUCCCAAUCCCAAAGUAAAAUGACCUCCCCUGUGACGAAUUUGAAAUUCAAAGAUACCUUACGAAAUUUAAAAAAAUAUUAUUUUUGCGAAGAAUUAGUCAGUUCCGAAUUUUUCGUUGAUUUUUCUCAACGAUUUGAAAGACCAAAAAUAUAACUAGAAUGUCUCUUCACUUGGAGACCUUCAUGAAAAAACCGAAAAAAAAUUUUGAACAGAUUUUAGAUGAGUUCUUUCUUAUUCUGUUUUUUUUUGGCCUCAAGCACCUUUUGAAGUUUCUGCUAUUGUAUUAAGGAUAGGAGAAGCUUAUGAAAUCAAACUAUAAAUUUUCUGUUAUUCCUUCAAUUGUUUUUUCUUGCAAACCCCGCCCCUUUCCCAGGCAGCCGAGUCAUUUGCACCAAGGCUCCAGACCCACCUUUCGCGAGGCUCCGCCUACUUUCUCGACGGAAUCCAACCGUCAUCUGGCUCCUCAGAACCUCGACUGUCCUUCGUGCCGAGAAGACGUCAGAAUGAUCGCGGAAUUCAGCGACGCGAUGUCGUGUCACGCCUCGCCAAGCUUCUCGAUGUCGUCGCAGUCCGUCGGCCGAUCUCUCUCCGAAAGACCUGUAAGUUUUCUUCACUUAUGUCAUAUUUCAUCUCUGAAUUGCAGAAGGAAAAGCGAGAGAAAAGAAAAUAUCGAUGUCGAAAACGCAGUCCGGCGACCAUCGAACGCGCAAAAACUGUCCGCAGAGAUAAGGUAGCUUUUGCCUUUGAUUAAAUCAAAAUUCAGUUGUAUUGUUAAAAUUAAUCUUCAAACUAUUCAUCAGAAUGGAGGCUCUCUAGGAAAAUAAAUCAAUACGAAAAAAACUUCAUUGCAGGCGAACGCUCGGGAACGACGUCGUAUGAACAGCUUGAACGACGCGUUGGAGUUGCUCAGAUCCAUGAUUCCGUCGUUGCCCGACGAGCCCAAAAUGACCAAAAUUGAGACGCUCCGCAAAGCUCAAGAGUUUGUUCUUAUUUCUUUUCAACUUAUUUUUUUAUUGAUUACAAAAAGGGUUUGAAGGCACAGGAAUCGGUCAGAACAAGGCAAAACUUUAAUUUUUUUUUCUUUUUAAAAAUAGAUUUUUUUACCUCAAAAAAAUUUUUUUGAACUAUCGCUAUCUUCUUUGAACGACCCAGAAAUUUCAUUCUUUGAAAGUUGAAAUUGAACCUUUCAGAUACAUCUCGCAGCUUUCAAUGUUGGCGUCGUCGUCGCCUAGUUCAUCUUCGUCGGAAGAAGCGACGCCGUACUUCAGCUCGCUGCCGUGCUCGGAGGCGUCGUCGGUGGACCCGACGCCGUACACGAGUCCGUCGUUCCCCCCGCCACAGCACGCCUACGCGCAGCCGGCCAUGAUGCCGUGCCACGACUUCUACUACCACUCCUAUCCCAGCCACGACUACGGCGAUAAGAAAAUCUUCGGCAGCAACUAA